GUCCGGCUGUAGUAAAGUCUGGGGAUUGCCCAGCAAGGACAGACAAGGAGGGUUUACUUGGUGCUUGUGCCCCAACUUGCCGAGAUGAUUCAAGCUGUUCAGGGAACCAGAAAUGUUGCUAUCAUGGCUGUGGUCUACGAUGUGUCGACCCAGUUGGUCCGGGUGUUUCAAAGUCUGGAUUUUGCCCAGCAAGGACUGACAGGCAGGGUUUACUUGGUGCCUGCGCCCCAACUUGCCGAGAUGAUUCAAGCUGUCUCGGCAACCAGAAAUGUUGCCAUCAUGGUUGUGGUCUACGAUGUGUCGACCCAGUUGGUAUGUAA